AUGGCGUCCAGAGGGAAAAGCCAUGUUCUUCUGACAGGCUCUCCAGGUAACGAUUUAAAUUACAGCUAUGAUGUAUUUUUUGCUUUGUCCAUAAAAUUCACUAAAAACCAUCUUUGAACAGAAAUUUUUCUUACUUCGGCGGAAAUUUAUCCUUGAAUUUAACACCGUCCCUCGCCAUAGUCUCCAAACGUCCUUCGAGAGGGGUUCCCCUUAAUUUAUUAAUUCUUUGACCCCUAGGGGGCUAGGGACAGGCAUCUGAUAUACUCUUACAACAUCACUCCUGAAUUAAACAGCAAGGUUACGAGAAUAAAGAAAAUGAUCACCGACUAAAGAAGUUCUCGAGUGCUAAACAAAUUUUCCUUCUCUGCACCUUAGGAAAUUAGUAAACAACAGUGUGGAGAACAUAUAAAAUGAUGUUAGGGUGCAAGUAACUACCCAAUGGUAAUUAUUGAAGUAAAUUUUGAGGUGAACAUCUAGAAUGACUAGAAUCUGCAUGUGUCAAUGUUCUCAUAACAAAACAAUUAACCCUUUAACUUCCGAGAUCUCAUCUGUAAUUCUCCUUACUUUCUGCCAUACAGUUCUUGUGAUGUUAGUUUGGAGAAUUGGGUAUUGGAUCAACUUAUAAUCCCAUAAUUGAUAUUUUUUCUUUAUUCUCAUAAUUUGUCUGCUUGAUAUUGUAUUGAUAUUGUAAAGAGAAAUUCCGUCUUGAUCACUCGUGGGAGUUAAGUGGUUAAACAUUAUAUCAAUUUUUUCACAAUUUUAAUGUUAUUGGACACCAAUUUGUCUAGUUGUCAUUGAUAAGUAUUUUCCCCAUAUAUAUCAAAAUACUCCAUAUGGUGUUAAGGCAAAGAUUAUAGUCACUGAGGAACCUUCACUACAACACCACAACCAAUCAGAUUUCAAGGCUUAUUUCAAGAAACCAAUAAUAUUAAUUAGAGAGAAAUGAAAGACAACUUUUUCAACUUUUUACCAACUAGCUCAGUUCUGAAUCAGUGAACUAUAUCUAUGCACUGAAAAAUCCUGUAUUGAGCAACUGAAUUUUGAGAUUUCAAAAAUAAAUUUAACAAUGUGGUAAUUGAAAUUCAUAUCAUGCAAUUUUGGUCUGAAAUCAUACAUGUGAUCUCAAAUUAAACUUGCAUUGCGCUCUCAAUCAAUUUUGAAAUCACUCAAAUCAGUCCAAUUACCAUUAUUAAUCUAAUUCAAAAGUGAUAUCACCUUAUGAUUUACUGAGGUUCACCCUGCAUCACCAGCCCUCCCUUAUCCCCAUCCAUGUCUGGCCUUGACCCUCAACCUGUGCCCUCAUUGCGUUCCACUUUGAUACAUGUGGCUAGGGGUUGGCAAGACGACUAUGUGUAAAAAAGUUUACGAGGUACUUCAAGGAAAAGCCAUCCAGGCCCAAGGAUUUUAUACACAGGAGGUCCGCAACAGUCAGACAGGAAGUAGGGUGGGGUUUGAUGUUGUGACUCUGAAUGGGCAAUGUGGACCUUUAGCCAGAACAAAGAGGUAUGUCAGGUGCAUGUUUGUACACUAAAAAUGUAAUUGAGUAAUUUAUAGGAUUUACUGGUACUGAAAAUUGCCAGACUAGUCUUUUUUUAUUUGAAAUGUAGGGAAGUGGAUUUUCCCAGCUCAUUAUAAAAGGACUGUGAUAUUGAUAAAUGAUUCUUUAGCCCUGAUAUGUCAGUCAAUGGCUGAAAAUGCUGAGAGGAGGGGAAUUAUGCUCAACAUCUGAUUCACCUCUUUCAGCUACAAUACAAUACUAGUUUUAGGUUUGACAAUUUACUCAGUCUCCCACUCAAAAUACCGCAACAUGGACAUUUCAGUGGGGAGGUGGGAGAGGGGCCACAAAUGGUUUUGUGGUAUAAAAGUUCACCAUUCUGUGGCUUUCAUUGAAAAGUCCUUACCCUAAUGUGUGGUGAUAACAAAAUAAUAUAGGUGAUAUUUUUCUUUCACUGUGUCUGAAUAUGCUAGAUGUGGCUCUGUAAAAGUUAAUAUACCUCAAUUUACAGUACAUCUAUUUUUAUUUAACAGGGUAGGAAAAAUGGUGGGAUUUUAUCCCUGUCAGGAUCAGGGUCAGGGUAUCUGAAGGCUGCAUCAUGACACUUGAACAAUAACAUUAGUGAGAUACUCCACCCCCACCCCCCAUUUCAGGCAGGAAGCCAGUUGAUGGUGAUUGGUCAAUUCUUUAUGAAUGUAAAUAUUUCUCUUUGAUCAUAUUUUAUUGUACUUUUGUAAUAUUUACAUGCAUGAAUAAUAAUCUUUUCAUAGCGAUGUUCAGUCUGCAAGGGCACGAGCAUCACCUUCAGUUGGCAAUUAUGUAGUGGAUGUCAAGUCAUUUGAGCAGCUUGCACUUCCAACCAUCAAAACAUGCACUGAAAAUUCCACUAAGGUAAUCAUCACCAUGAAAGGUGUCUUCCUAGGCUGUUGUUAUAAACUGUGUUGGUUCUUAAAAGAUCAAAAACAUUUCAAAAACUGGAAAUAUUGAUCAUGCAUACCUCACUUCAUAUCUGCAGAUUACUCCACAUGGCAAGACAGUGGUUAUAGUAGAUGAAAUAGGAAAAAUGGAACUUUUCAGUCAGAGCUUUAUCAGUGCAGUCCGUGAACUGUUUUUAUCUCCACAAGCUACAAUACUGGCCACUGUACCCAUAACAAAACAGCGACCUAUCCCAUUUGUGGAGGAGUUGAAGAACAGGCAAGAUGUGACAUUGAUUGAGGUGAGGUUUACCAAAAGGUUUCUUUAAUUUUAAGUACCAUAUGUGCUCUAAUGUAUUAUUGGAAUAAAUAUAGUUAGAUGUUUUUUAAACUUUCAACAGAGCCAGAAAUUUCUUGAAUGACACACAGUAAACAAUGAUUUAUUGGGGUGACACUCUUGAGGCUAAGAAAGCAGAAGAGAGGUGUUACUCUAUAAGAUUUUGAAACUAGUUCUUUAAAGGGCAGAUAAUGCUAUACAACUGAUAAAUUGCUAUUCACCAGGUAGAAGUUGAGAAAAUGUUCAACUCUUACAACACAAAGGGCCUGAUUGAAAAAAAACAAAAUUUUGUGUGACAUUUGCACUUAGAUUUGUUACCGUAAUGAAAUGCUCAUGACAGGUUAAGCUUGGAUAUAUUGUAUUGUAUAAGUCCUGGAAAAUCCAGCAUCCUGAGAACAGCUCUGCAUUGUCAAAACGUUUGUAAUGAUAUUUUAACAUGUCACUGCCAGACUUAAUUGACUUGUAACAGGCUGGCAGCUCUCUUACGACAGUAAUUAACACUACUUAAUUACUGCAAAAAUGUGAUGGGAAUAAACUAAAAAAACAUCUACUUGCCCUUUUUUCGAUAUAAAUGCAUUGCUGCAUAAUCUCAAUCCUAAUUGACAAGCUGGAGGGAAGAGUUGUUGAUCAGAACAUGGUGAAACAAAAAAUUAAAACUUUCUCUGUUGUGUGUUCAAAUCGUUUGCACAAAUGAUUUCUUUCAAGGUCACCAAGAAUACGCGAGAUGAAUUGGUUAGUGAUGUGAUACGGCUCCUUGAAGAUUCCCUCGCCAGAACCUAAAUCAAAGGCUGUCCAUCUUUUCAGUGACCUGCAGUAACCCUAUUUUCACUGGAAUUUCUACACCAGGAUCAUAAUUUGAGUUUCGCUUGGAGCACAAUUGAUGCCACUUUAUAGGGUAGAGUAGCCAGCAGAGCAGGCGUGAUUUUGGCGAGCGAGUGCUCAGUAUUUUUUUGGUGAAAUUCUUCGCUGUCAUCUUUUACUUUUUACAGUCGCAGGAUGCCGGGCAGAAAAAGAAAUGAUUACUAAGGGGGAUGAACAACGAUCAAGGCAGAGAGAGGGGAGGGGUAGGGUCACGUUCUCUCUCCCACCGUCCCCUCUAACUCUAAAUCAAACAUGGCCGGUUGGAUAAACGAUCUUACAAGCUUGUAUCGCUAACUCGCCUCACAAAGACGCCUGCGCCGUUUGCUAACGGAUUGAGCUGAGAUGGCAGAUAUUUUGAGAGGAUUAAUACACAUGUAGUCUUAAGACAAUGAAACUGCUUGAUCAAUCACAAAUUAAUAGACUUUACUGACUCGCUCGAAUCUGAAAUUCAAAAUGCUUUCAAUCAAUUUUAAGAAGAAAUGUUACUAUGGAGUUGACUUUCUUACCAUGACGCGAAAGCCACCAACAAUUUGUUGAGAUAUUCAAUUAGAUGUGAAUGUCAUUUUGACUCGGUGAUUGUUUAUAUGGUAAGGAAACUUUCGAGUAUAUUAUUGGUUGCAUGAUAAUAUGCAAGAAAAAAAUUACGCGUUCCUGAUUGGUUGAAUGUAACACUGGGGCAAAGUUGUACCACGCGUGCAAAUUACAAAUAGCGCGUGCGCACGCUUUCAAAAUUUUGUCUGUUUUGACUUCAUGUGAUGUUUUUUCAUGUACAUUAUUAAGAAGUAAUAACAUGAUUUCUCUUGCAAUUUGUUGUAAUAAGCACUUGUAAAUUUUUCAAAGACCGCAAAUGGCACUAGCCCUACGGGCUCGUGCAAUUUUGUUGUCUUCGAAAAAUGUAUAUUAUAUUUAUAUUUACAUUACUUAUACUCAGCGGUGGUCCCCCAUUAUCUUUUGACUCUCUAAAUUUGUUUAUCGCCGACUCUUAGACUCUUACCACCGUUCCUUUUGCUAUCAAGCAGGCGCUCUUGUUUAAGUUUCGCCUUACGGCCCCUUUCCGGACACAAUCGCCAAUCACACCAUCGACAGC